AUGCUUGUUGCAAUACGUGUUUCCAUCAUUCUUCAGCCAUCGUCUCAACAGCUUCAAUUCUCUAUGAAACUGUUUUCAUCAUACCCAGGUGCUUGUUGGGCGUUUGCGCUGGUGGCGAGCGUGGAAGCUGCAUACGGCAUUGCAACGAAUGCAGAGGCGCCGCAGCUGUCAGUGGAGUCACUCUUUGCAGCCAUGGGGCUCACCUCCGAAGUUGACAAGUGCAGCACGGGGGGCUCCCCCACCGAGGCGUUUGAAAGGCUUCUCAUGCUGCCGCGCGGUGGAAUCACCGAGGCUGGAUCGGCUGGAGUGGAGUGGGGCGACCGGGGCCACAUGCGCAUGGACAUUCAGGGAGGGGAUGGCGUGUGUGGCAUCAACGUGCUGCCUGGCAUCUACCCCAUAGUCAAGAUGGACGUGUGUGGGUCUGACUUAAAGAACCCCUGCUACGUGGGAGCAUGCAUCAACGAUGGCAAGGGCUCCUACUCCUGCAUCUGCCCUCCCAACUACGUUGCCAGCACAACAAUUGAUAACUUCCCCACCUGCGACCCAGCCAACGUCACAGCCAGCACCCUGGCAGUGAGUGGGAGCAACUGGUGGUGCUCCGAUGUUCUCUCUAUUGUGGGCCUCUCACUUGCCCAAUUCACACAGCAGAAUGUGGUAAGCAGUGGAGAUGGAGAGGCUGGAAGAGUGGAGAGGCAGGGCAUUGACUGCAAUCAUGCAUUGCCUCGUAACGUGGUGCUUCAGCUGGGAAGUCCUCUCCUCGUUCCCUGCACUGCGUUCUUCUACACCCUCAGUGGCGACACAUGCUGGUCCAUCAGCGCCCAGCUGUUCCUCACCACCAGCAACCUCACGGCACUCAAUCCCGGCAUCGACUGCUCUGAGCCCAUCAAGGCAGGCCGCUCUCUGUGCAUCGAGCGCAACGCCACCUUCGCUUACACUGUGCCUCGGUGCCUGCAAAACGGCGUGCUUACAGCACAGGACACGUGUGAGCGUCUGCUGCUGCAGGUGGCGGGGAGUGAGGACGACCCAAUGGGGGAUGCGAAGGAGAAUGCUAUGCGCUGGGCUGAGCUGUACCGCAACAAUCCUGGCCUCAUCUGCUCGAGUGUCAUCCCGGUCUCCGCCUCUGCUGUUGGCAGCAGCACUGGUGUGCAGGUGAGGGGUGGAUGGGAACCGGUUUGGGGGCACAAGAGAUGGGAAGGAUAUGGAGGGAAAAUUGGUGGGUGA